UUACGGUAGUUGUUUUCCAAAGUAGUAUCUCUUAGCUGUUCAUUGGAAUUUCCAAGAGUUUUGAAUCGAAAUGCAGCUACACCAAUGCCAAAGAUCCCCUUGCUUCGCUUAAGUCUAGGGAUUGUGUCUAGCGAAUUACCUUCGGACGUUUUAAUAAAGCACAUAUAAAACGCCAACUGCUAUUUACUAUUUCGAUUAACUUCCCUCCCAUUAUAGUUUAGAUUUUGUAAUUUUCCUAUCUUACACUGUCUGCUGUAAAAAAAAAAAAAAAAUCCAAUUAGUAGGUAUAUAUAUUUCAAAGCAACUUCACCUCUUAGGGUUUUGGUCUAGCCUAAAAUUUUAAAGAUCAUGAUUCUUUUUAAAACCUCAACUGAACCUCCCAACUCAAAAUUACCAACCCCGCUAGUCCCUUAGGUCCUUACUUCACACGAUAAUAAUAAUAAAGUAUUUCAAAAAGCCCUAUACCUUUCUCCUCCAUCCGUUAAGAUUUAAGCUCUGAGAACAGAAAUGAGGGGUCAAGGACAGUGUGAAAGCUGAGGGAAGAGGUGGGGCGGAAGCUUAAGAAGAGUUCAGAGUAAGACAAAAGAAAGAACUAAAAGGUUAGCUGGGUGACGAUAACCGUUAGGCGCUGGGGUUAGGCUAAGGUGCACGCGAGGGACGCAAGGAGGAGGGGCGUAACCUCCUGCCCUCGAGUCCCCCAACGCCCCCAAGCGACUCGAGCCCAUCCUAACCGCCUCUCCUCGCGGCAGCCAUUUUGGCACCGCCCCAGCCCCGCCCCUCAGGCACCAGAAGGCUCCACCCAUCGGCUGGCCUGGGAGGAGAAACAGGAAGUGGAAUUCCAAACAAACGCGCCGAGCAGCUUUUCAGUUCAGGACAAGUGCGGGAUUCCGAGCGUCCUCCCAUCAAUUUUUUUUUUUUUCCCGUCAAACCUGUGCCAAUAUCCCUGGUUGUCGCCUCCCGGACAAGUCGUGGGACCAUGUCGAAUAUGGAGAAACACCUAUUUAACUUGAAGUUUGCUGCUAAAGAACUUAAUAGAAAUGCCAAUAAAUGUGAUAAAGAAGAAAAGGCUGAAAAGGCUAAGAUUAAAAAGGCCAUUCAGAAGGGCAAUACAGAAGUUGCAAGAAUACAUGCUGAAAAUGCAAUACGCCAGAAAAGCCAAGCAAUUAAUUUCUUGAGAAUGAGUGCUAGGGUUGAUGCUGUAGCAGCCAGAGUUCAAACUGCAGUAACAAUGGGCAAGGUAACAAAGUCCAUGGCAGAUGUAGUCAAGUCUAUGGAUGCUACAUUGAGGAGUAUGAACUUAGAGAAGAUUUCUGCUCUAAUGGACAAAUUUGAACACCAAUUUGAAACGCUGGAUGUUCAGACACAACAAAUGGAAGACACAAUGAGUAGCACUACAACCCUAACAACACCACAAAACCAAGUGGAUAUGCUGCUUCAAGAAAUGGCAGACGAAGCUGGCCUUGAUCUCAAUAUGGAGCUACCACAGGGACAGACUGGUUCUGUUGGCACAAGUGUUGCUUCAGCAGAACAGGAUGAACUAUCACAGAGACUCGCUCGCCUACGUGAUCAAGUGUAACUUAAAGAACUGGUGCUUCUGUUUACUUCACUUGCUUCUUAAAUUUUCUUUGUGUGUAUAUAUAGAUAAGUUACACUCUGAUUAGAAUAAAAACACUAGGUAUGCCAGAAUAAUUAAGCACUAUUUAUAUAUAUAUAUAGUGCUUUGUUUCAGCUUGCUCUACUUUCAGUACAUUAGAAAAUUCCAGGGAGUUUCCACUUUCACAGAUUUUAUAGUUCUACAUAUUAUGUGUAAAAAUGUGAGGGACAUAUUUUUGUAGGUGUCUUUGACAGAGCUAGCAUUAGCUUGUAUAUGAAACAUCUUCCUCAAAAGUGAAGUCAAAAUUCUGGCAUCAAAGUACUUAUAGAAUGAAGUGCUUUAUAUAAAAUACAGUACAGAAUAAAGUUUUUUUUUUAAUUCAAAGUAUAUUUUAGUCUCUGUAUACAUUGACAUGUGAUACAUAAAAAUAAAAGCUGGAAAAGCAUAUUUACUUACUAUGUUUACAUGGCCAAAACACCUCAUUUGGGAUUAUACAAUGGACAAUGCGAUUUUUUUUGUCUUAUGGUUUUGUUUGUUUUGCUAUCCAAACAUAAAUGCAAUUUGCUUUUAAUCUGUGCUCAGCAAUUUUUGAGUUUAGAUUGUCAUUGGAAUUUUUACCUAGCAGUCUAAUGACUACUAUUUGUAGUCCUUGACUUUUUAAAAAUUUUUCAUUGAUAAUUUUCUUUAUAUAAAUAGAAAAACUCUAAUAUUAAAUUGAAGAAAUUAAAAUUUGCUCUUUUUAAAAAAUGUUCUCUUUUCUAAAUAUCAUUGUUGUUAAAAUCCCAGAAAAAUUUAACUCUUCAUACUUCCAAAUGAAAUUCUGAAACACAUUUAAAAUGAUUCUCCUAUUUCCACUGAACUCUUUUUAGAAUGUAUUUUAAAAGGAGAUUAAUUUGCAUGGCAUUAGUGUUUUUAAACCAACCAACAACAAAAUAACAACAAAGAAAAUAAAAUUGAACCAAUUAAGUACUGGUUAAGUAUGUUCAUUUUUAAAUCUUAAAACAACAACUCUUUGAUAACUUGAAGAAAUGAAGUAGAAGUAAAUAAAAUGUUUUUCUCAGCCAUGCAAAUAACUUCCAUCCCACUGGAAACUGGGACUAUGGCAUAGGAAAUGGGUUAUGAAGUCAUAGAGAAGACUCUGGAAGGCCAGAGUCCUGGGGGGAAAGCGUUUGAUCUUUUCAUGACCAGUUGUACUACUUGCCAUCUCUCUAGGAAUAUUUUACCCAACAAUGGUUUUUUUAUGGAAAACGAACAAGUUAGCAUGUAUCUGCAAUUUUCUGAUAUAAUAGUCUCAGAUGUGGAGAAGUGACCAAGUAUAUUUUAGCAAGCAGACUACUAAUCUAGGUUAAGUAGGUAAAGUCUUUCUUUACUUACUGCAAGAUUGAUCCAUGAAAGAAUUCCGAUGUUUCAUGAAAUUCAAUUGCAGGGCAGAUCUUUUUAGAAAGUCUUCCCGUUGUAAGUCAUGAAGGCAUUCAAAGUGUAACUAUGAAGCCUUGUGCAAGACUCUUCUUCACUAAAUAUUCACCAUUCAUAUAUGAUAUUUCCUACUGUGAAUGAGAAUGUGUACGAGUGAAGAUGAUUUUCACUGGUCAAUGAAAGAGAAAUUAUUCUUUUCUAAAUUUGGGUUAAAUCUAUUUAACUUUCUUGGUACUUGAUUAUAUGGUGUUUACUCAAUGUGGAAGUCUUCUAUUACAUUUAUAACUGAUGCUUUAAGUGUAAGUUUAUUUAUUUGUAUUGGAACAUCCUGGGAAGCCAUAAUAGAAGAGAUUAUUACAGACUGAAAUACCAAUGAAAUACAGCUUCCUUAAUUUCCAUUGUUGGGAAUUUGUAUACUUCUGUUCUUUUGACUUGAAUAAAAAUUGUUAAAUUACGAGUACUGAUUGCUUAAUCUAUAAAUAUAAAUUAUUCUAACCUAAAGAUAACUUUUGAUACUUUUACUUAAGAGCCAUAUCAGAUUUGUCUUUUUAAAAUAUUGUUCUCUGAUAGACACCAAGUUUUACUUUUGGAUUCACCUAUUAGUUAUCUUAUAAAUAUAAUAAAAAUUCCUUUCUUAGAAUUUGUUUUUAGACCAAUUGCCCCACAACCUUUGAACCCUUACCUAUUCAGUAUAAUUACAUUUCUAAUUUAAUAAGUGAUUCAAUAAUUUAAAAGUAAUGCAUGUCAGACUCUGAAAGGAAAACAUCACAGCACCCUUCACUUAUCUUCAGCUUUUUUUUUUUUUUAGUGCCUGUCAAUCUCAUUUCCUCCCGAUUUUAUAAGUAUUCGAUUAUAUCAUUUAGUUGAACAUACGAGGCCAAGUGCAUGGAAACAUUUUCCUGUACCUUCUCCCUUCAGACAACUUGGCUGUAUUAUUUCAAGAGUUCUUAAAAAGUACCCAUGACAAAAAUUCCUCUUCUGCUCAUAUGACUGGAUGCCUGAAAUCUUCCACCUUCUUGUGAACCAUUUUAGGUAAGUAUUAUAAUCUGAGUUAAUUUACCUAGUUAAUUUAUUACCAAUCAUUGCUACAGAGAGGAAGCAGGAAUAGG